GACCCCCGCACUGGGCUUCGCGUGCCCACGGGGGCUGCUGCAAAGCAGGAGUGUGGUGCCCGCCAUGGAAAGCACGGCCAGGGGCAGUCGUUUCUGGAAAACAUUGUUCUGUGUCCGCCUUAAUUCACAGCCCAGGCAGCGCACCCCUCCUCGGCGGCUGUCUGCCCGAGUCCCGGCUCUCAACAGUUCCAGUAUACUUUGGAUAAUGAUGUCCUAACCCUGGAACAGAGAAAAUUUUAUGAAGAUAAUGGAUUCCUUGUCAUUAAAAAUCUGGUAUCUGCUGCUGAUAUUCAACGCUUUCGGGCUGAGUUUGAAAGAAUCUGCAGAAAGGAGGUGCAGCCACCAGGAAUAAUGAUAAUGAGGGAUGUGGACAUUGUGAAGUCGAAAGACACUGCCGGUGAGAAAGUGAUUUCAAAGAUCCAGGAUUUCCAGGAGGACGAGGAGCUGUUUAGAUACUGCACUCUCCCCCACAUUCUGAAAUACGUGGAGUGCUUUACUGGACCUAAUAUUAUGGCCAUGCAUGCAAUGCUGAUAAACAAACCUCCAGAUACUGGCAAGAAGACCUCACGGCACCCCUUGCACCAGGAUCUGCACUAUUUCCCCUUCCGGCCCAGCAACAGCAUCGUUGCUGCUUGGACCGCAAUGGAGCACAUUGACCGGAGCAACGGUUGUCUGGUGGUGCUUCCGGGUACCCACAGGCGCUCCCUGGAGCCACACAGCUAUCCCCAGUGGGAGGGUGGAGUCAACAUAAUGUUCCACGGGAUCCAGGACCUCAAGCGGGACAGCCCCCGCCUGCACCUCGUCAUGGAGGAGGGAGACACUGUCUUCUUCCACCCUCUGCUCAUCCACGGAUCUGGGCGGAACAGAACGCAAGGGUUCAGGAAGGCGAUUUCCUGCCAUUUUGCCAGUGCCAACUGCCACUACAUUGACGUGAAGGGCACCCAGCACGAAGACAUCGAGAAGGAAAUGAAACAAGUAGCAAAAAGAAAAGGCGUAGUUGCAGGCGAUUUCAGCAUGAAGGACAUUUGGAAGUUUCGAGCCCGGCUUGUGAAAGGAGAAAGAAUUAGCCUUUGAAAUGGCCCUUCGUUAUAACACUUUUAAAGGAAGUCAAUCAAAGUGAAGCAA